AUGGUUGAGAUCGAGGAAAUAGAGGAUACAUGUGUCGAGAAUAGUAAGCCUCAAAGUUCAGCCGCUCAUAAUACAAGUAGUUCGUCAGCGGCGAGAAUUGCUAUUGGAGAUGCAGGAACCGUCGGAUCACGAUCAGGAAGUGGAUCUGACGAAGCCGAGGUUGGCGUAGAACCGUCGGAUGUAGGAGGUGAUGGACUGCGAUCCUCGGAUGCGGAUUUCGAGGCGAAUCAAAACGGCGCUGCUGGGAGUCGUUCGUCGGGAGGAGGUGCGAAGGCGGAAGGAGGAGAGUCCGCGUUGGGAAGGGAGUCAGGGCGAAGAGGCGCCAAGGCGGGGGAGGGAGAGAAGGAAGGGGGAGGGGAGUCCGCGGAAGGAGGGGAGACAGAGCGGGGAGGGGUGAAGGCGGGGGGGAAGGACUCCGCGGGGGAAGGGGAGGCGGAACGGGGAGGGGAGAACGAGCCUGGGGAGCAGGGUGGAUUCAAAGACGCGCUCAGCGAUUUGGCGGCGGGGAGUGGCGGAGAAGCGGCAGCGGGUGAAGAGGCGGAAGAGGUGUUCGAGGAUGCGCUGACAGAAGAGGAGCUGCGCAAGAAAGCUUUGGCAGAAGCAGAGGCGAUUAAAGCGAGGGGGAACGAGGCGUACAAGCGUGGUGACUAUAACGCAGCGCUGGAGAGCUACAGCAACGCACUGGCAGCAGCGCCUGGGGCGGAACAUGCAGAGGCGAAGGAGGCCCGGGCCAUCUACCAUGCCAACAGAGCCAUGUGCCACCUGCAGCUGAAUGAGUAUGAUGCAUGUGUGACAGAGAGCACAGCAGCCAUGGAUUUGAAGCCAGAUUAUGUGAAGGCGAUCAUGCGACGGUUCCAGGCAUGGGAGAAACUUGACAAGCUUGAAGAGGCGCUGGGAGAUUAUAAGAAAGUGUUGGAAGUGGACAAAACCAACGCACAAGCCAGAUCAUCUGUCAGGCGACUGGAGCCCAUUGUUGAAGAGAGGAGGGAAAAGCUCAAAGAGGAAAUGUUGGGAGCUACAGGAGAAUUUACCAAGAACCUUCUUCUUAAGGACAAGAAGGGUCGGCUCAUUCUCAUCUCAGCUCUCACCAAGACCAAAAUCGACCUCAAGCUGCUGUCACAGAGGCUGGGACUGGGCAAGGGCGGAUUGCGCAUGGCACCAGAUGAGAACCUCACCACCGUGCUGCAGGUGCCUGCUGGCUGCGUCACCCCCCUGGCCCUUUUCAACGACUCCGCCAAAGACGUUGUGUUGCUGCUGGAUCAAGGGUUCACCUCCCAACCGCACCUGCUCUUCCACCCUCUCUCCAACGAUGCCACUGUUGCGUUGACUCGAGAGGCGUUUGAGUCCUUCCUUGGCUCUGUCGGUCGCUCUGAGCCGGCUUAUGUGGACCUUGAGGCCAACGUGGUGGUGGGCAAGGAUCAACCGCCCGACCUCGCUGCUCUUUUCCCCACUGCCACCACUGCUGCUGCAGCUUCAGAUUCCGCCUCUGCACUUACGAAUGCUGCUACCAGCACUACCAGCGGUGCCAGUGCCAGCUCUAAUGCUGCUGGCAGCAAUGCACCCAAGGCCAGUGCUGCUGCAGCAGGGAAGGGCAAGUCAGGUUCUCAGAAGAAGACAGCGGCUGCCGUACCAAAGGGGCCACCGUGCGAUGACGUGGCAACUUGCACGACACGGAUCUUGGACAUGCUGACAGAGCACAUGAAGAAAUGUAGUGGUGACUCUGCGACUGCGGAUCAAUCUUCUAGUGCCAGCAAAGCCAAUGAGGAGCUUGCUUUGAAUCUUCAGCACACCCUGGUUAUGUUCAAGAAUGCUGCCUAUACAAAUGGUUUCUUUGCUGGCCGGGCAGCGGUCCUGGAUAGGGUUCAAGUCGAUGCGCUCGGGGACAUGUACAGCGGCUUUAAUCGCUCCUCAGCGCUGCAGACGUGGACGUGGGGCGAUCCGUGCGGCAGCGACGGCAGCGAGAACGCGGGCAGUCCGUGGCACGGCAUCACGUGCGACGUGUCGGCCGACCCGCAACGAGUGAUCGAAAUGUACGUUGCUCCGACUGCUGCUGCUGCCGCCGCCGUUGGCGUGGUGCGCAACAACGCCAUCAAGGGCGGCAUCCCCGCCGACCUCUCCGCGCUCACAGGGCUGCGCACCCUCGACCUGAGCAACAACCCGCUGGAAAACACCAUUCCACCGGAAAUUGCGCGUCUCCCCGCGCUUUCCUCUCUAGACCUAUCGAGCUGCGAGCUGGAGGGCGAUCUGCCACGCCUGAUCAAGCUCUCCUCGCUCGUCGCACUGGACCUGAGCAACAACUCCCUCACGGGCUACAUCGACCCUGCCAUUGCUCACCUGCCUCACCUCUCCGACCUUACAUUCACUCCUCUCCACAUGCCGCACCCAUGCGCCAACCCCUGGACGCCACGUCUCUCGGCAUCGACCCCAUCUUUCCCAACUCUCUCACAUUUCCCCCAUUCCCACUCAUCUCCCCCCAUUCCCUCCCCCCCUUCUCCCCCCCUCUCUCCCCCCAUUCGCCUCCGUCUGUUCUCAUGCCCCCCGUUCUCCCCCAUCUUCCCCAUGCCUCCCCCGCAAAUCAGUGCGGUGGCAUUCAACCAGCUGUCAGGCAACCUCCCUCCCGCCCUCGGCACUCUCCCCGCGCUCUCUUUCCUUGACAUCCGAGGCAACGCCUUCUCAGGCUACCUCCCCCUCUCCUACUCCAACAUAGAGCAAUUCCUCUACGACGGCGCCCUCCCCCCCGCGCCCGCAGGCCCCUUCGCCUCCCCCCCGCCGCCCCCCAUCCCGCCCCCGCCUCCCCCGUCCGUCCCCCCGCCGUCCCCUGUGCUGCCUGGUUUCUCUGGGGGGGAGGAUGGAGGGGCGGAUGCCCCUGCUUCUCUCCCCUCCCCUCCCGCCCCUCCGCUCACUUCUCCCUCUCCUAGACCUCCUCCAACCGCCCCAGGUUCUCUCGCCCCGCCUGCGCCCCCCUCUCUUCCGCCUGUCCCCCCUGUAACCUUCCCCAAUGGGACGCACGUUGGGAACGGGACGGGUGGGAGUGGAGGAAACGGGGGAAAACGGGGGGAAGGCGGAGGAGCAGGGGGAGAGGGGGAUGGGUAUUUCUACCUGGAUCCGUCAGUUCCAGAGAAUGAGACGCAAGCGCUGGUGCCUGUACCUGUGGGGUGCAAGCCGUGUGCUGGGGGGAGUGUGGCGAGGAGGCACAAGAAGCUGUGUGUGUGCUCGUACCCGCUGCUGCUGGAGGUUCAUCUGGAAAUGGAGUUCUCUAGUGUGGCGAGGAGGCACAAGAAGCUGUGUGUGUGCUCGUACCCGCUGCUGCUGGAGCUGCAUCUGGACAUGGAGUUCUUUAGGUUCAAUGACGUCACCAGAGAGCCUAGAGGAGCAGCUCGCGCUGAGUCUGAACGUGAAUCAGACGCAAGUGGCUGUAUACGCCACACGUCCUGGCAGGUAAUUGCCUCCUGCGCAGUGCUGCCGCCCGGCCGCACAGCAGCGCUGCCGGUGGGAGUGGCGGGGCAUGCACUGGACGUGCUGCUGGGGAGGAGGAGAACUGCUGAAGAGGAGCGUGUUACAAGCAGUACCCCUAUCCCCAUGUUUUCCCCUCCCCAAACUCCCCCACAGAGCCAAGAGGAGCAGCUCGCGCUGAGUCUGAACGUGAAUCAGACUCAAGUAGCUGUGUACGCCACACGGCCCAGCAGUGUGAUUGCCUCCUGUGCAGUGCUGCCGCCCGGCCGCACAGAAGCGCUGCCGGUGGGAGUGGCGGGGCAUGCAGUGGACGUGCUGCUGGGGAGGAGAGGGCACGUGUUUUGGAGCCUAGAGGAGCAGCUCGCGCUGAGUCUGAACGUGAAUCAGUCACAAGUAGCAGUGUACGCCACACGCCCCGGGAGUGUGGUGGCAUCAUGUGCAGUGCUGCCGCCCGGCCGUACAGCAGCAAUGCCGGUGGGAGUGGCGGGGCAUGCACUAGACGUGCUGCUGGGGAGGAGGAAACAGCGCCUGGAGCUGUUUGGCAUGGGCGCUGUGAAGGUGCUGGCAGUGCGGCUGCCCAUGGUGGUGCUGGAUAGGAACGGAGCUGCAGCACCAGAUUACCGAGGUUCCUGGGCUGCUGGGGGUGGUUGGGGAGAGGGGGAGGGUGGGUGGGGUGUACCGGCGUCAUUCCUGUCGUCUGGAAUGGAGAUUGGGGAUAUCAGCGUGGUGGAGGUGACUUCGGUUGAGGAUGAGGAGGAGGAUGUGGAGAGCGGUGUGGUUGGGUCGUGCAGGGAUGGGGAGACGACUCAGGGAGGUAGGGGCGGAGAGGAGUUGAUUGUUCGUGAGGGAGCGAUGGUGGCUGUGGUGGGAGCUGGGGGAUUGACACGUGUGAGUGCUGGAGCAGGAAGAGGGGGAGGAGUGAAGGGGUAUGAUGGAGGGGUGAAGGUAGGCGGGGAGGAGGAUGAGAGUGUGAGGAAGAGUAGGGAAUGGACUGUGAUGUCUUUUCUUAGCUUAGGGGGGAGAGGGGAUGAUGACGCUGCUGCUGCUCCUGCCGCUGCUGCUGCUGCUGCGGGUAGCGGUUCUUAUGCGGCGGCUGCUGCAGGAGAGGGAAGAGUGGGAGGAGCGGGUAGAGGGAGUGGGAACGGGGAGGAAGAGGAGGAGGAAGGGGAAGAGGAGGAUGAGGAAGGGGCGGAGGAGGAGGAGGAGGAGGAGGAGGAGGAGGAGGAGGAGGAGGAGGAGGAGGAGGAGGAGGAGGAGGAGGAGGAGGAGGAGAGGAGAGUGGAGGGCGGAAGGGGUGGGAGUGGGAGUGGGGCACCCAAGCUGCAACCCCGGCAACCACAGCAGCAGCAUUCCCCAGGGCUGGGGAGGCGGCGAGGCGGGCAGUGGUGGUGCCAGCCAGGGGUGCGGAGAUUCGCCCUGGCAGAGCUGCAGAUGGCUACAGACGACUUCUCUCCCCUCAACAGAGACUCCCCCCCCCUCCCCUUUUCUUCUAGAUGCCAUCUCCUUACUCCCCACUUCACAACCCCAGACCUGUCAUUCUUCUUCCCCAUCCCUCCUCUCGCCCUCCCUGGUCCCUCUCCUCCUGCCCCAACCCUCCCCUCCCCUCCAGCGCCCAAGCUGCAACCCCGGCAACCACAGCAGCAGCAGUCGCCAGGAGCAGAGAGGCGGGGGGUGGCAGUGCCAGGGCUACAGCCGCGCCAGCCACAGAAGCAGCAGUCACCAGGGGCGGGGAGGCGGGGGGUGGCAGUGCCAGGGGUGCGGAGAUUCUUCCUGGCGGAAUUGCAGAUGGCAACAGACGACUUCUCCCCGCACACCAAGCUGAGGGACCACCCCCUGGGACCCGUGUACUGUGGCGACCUGCCUGAUGGCACGGAGGUAGCAGUGAGGCGGAUAGAGGCAGCAGUAGUAGAGGGGCAGUCGGAUUCGGAUUUCGAGGCAGUAGCAGCCAACAUGGCGCGGCUGCAGCACGCCCACGUGGUGCCGCUGCAGGGGUACUGCGUGGACGGGGGCGAGAGGAUGCUGGUGUUUGAGCAUUUUCACCUCGGGAGUCUGUACCUGCGUGAGGAGUGUGUGCCAGCCAUUGUGCAUCGGGGCAUCUCAGAGAUUGUACCUGGGUACCUGCAUGAGGAUGUACCAGCCAUAGUGCAUCGUGGCAUCUCAUCAAGAGCCAUCCUGCUGGACGACCACAUGAGCCCGCGCAUUGCCGAUGCUGGGCUGGCUGUGCUCAACCCCACUGACGCUGAGGCUCAGACGCUAUCAGAGCAGCUGGUGGGGGGCUACGCAUACAACGCACCCGAGUAUGCCAUGUCAGGGGUGUACACAGCCAAGAGCGAUGUGUACAGCUUUGGAGUGGUGCUGCUGGAACUGCUAACAGGACGAAAGCCUGUCGACCCCGCCAAGCCCAAGUGGGAGUCAUCGCUGGUGCGCUGGGCGGCCCCUCUGCUGCACGACGUGGUGGAGCUAGAGCGCAUGGUGGACCCGACCCUGGCUGGGCCUGUGCCGGAUCCGCUCACCCUCACGCGCUAUGCUGAAGUCAUCGCAAGAUGCAUCCAGCCUGAGCCGGAGUUCCGCCCAUGCAUGUCCAAGGUCGUAAGGGACCUUUGCCGCAGAGUGAGAAAGACCACUGCCGCUGCCGCCACCAGCAGCAGCACCAGCACCCAGCUCGGCCCGGAUGCAUUUUGA